AUGUCUGAAAACCAAACCGCCCUCGGCGAUGAAGACACUUAUCACCUUCGCCAUCACGCCUCUAUCAAAGAGGUCGCUGAUCGCCCGCAUACUGCAAACAAAUCUCUCUCUGCUCAAAAAUCGGCACAUGAUAAAUUGAGAGAGGAGAUGGAAAACGAAAUUUUAGAAACUCCGUCCUCCGUCAAUAUAGCCAAUUUGUCGGUAAUACAACCCAGCACUGUAUGCAACUCUCCUAUGUUGUCGCAACCGGAGGUCUCUAAUAUUACUACAACCUCUGGCGUCUCAGUUUUUAGUACCUCGGCCAUGACCGACGACCAUUCUACCAAACUGAAGCGACAUCAUAAACUCUUCAGAGUGGUGGCCUUUACUACCAACUCUGUCGAAGAAGUCCUUGCAACCGUCGCAAUGAAUGCCGAUGCGUUGUACGGUAGUAGAGUUGUCAGUGAAUUGGAGUGCAUUAUUCUCUUCUUCAAGUCGCGCAAAUUGGCAAACCAAGCAAUAUCUUCUGGUGCUAAGUCCAAGCUAACCAUGAUUCCUCAAACCGUCAAAACGUCAUUCCGUUAUAAGGUCGACAAAGACUUAGAUAAGACUAAUAUGCACUCUAUUAUCUCAACUCUUGGUACUUCUAUCAACAACAUCAAUUUUAGCAAGAUAGAUGAUCAAGAGUUUUGGGCUAUUGGUACUAAUAUUGAAUUACCAGCCAAUCAUUUGAAGAAAUUUAAGCUUUCCAAAAUGAGAACAGAUAUCUCUCGUUUCCGUAUCGCCUUUAACGGUAAAGAAAAAGAUCUUCCUAAACUCAAGGGUGCCAUUAGUUCCCAAUGGAAAGUCAAGAUUGAGAGUAUCGAGUUGGCUAAUAAGGUGGCUGUUGUUGGUGUCAAAAAGGAUCAAAUCACCAAUAACAUUACCAAGUUCGUCCAAGUUGGAAAUCAUAGUUUCAGAAACCUCUCAUUCUCUACUAGAGUUGCCAACUCCAUCAGUCACAGAAUGGAAGCUGUUGAAAAACAAAUGUCUGAAAUGUCAUCAGCUCUCCAAAAAUUGACAAAGGAAAUGGCUGUCUGGUCUGGAAAAAAGGUCACUGAAGGCUUUAAUAAGAUCAACAAAGCUAUUGAAGAAAUUAACCAAAAAGUCAACGCUCUCUUAGGCACUACUACUCGCAAGAGUAAAAGUACUGCUAAUUUCGGAGGAGUUGGCUGGGUAAAACAAUCUCAAUUACUUACCCUAGCCCGAAAAUAUGAACUGGAUAUCCUUAAUAUCCAGGAAACUCAUUUAAAAUCCAGUACGGAAGACUAUUGGAAUGUAUGGUAUUCCAGGUCCUUCUUUCGUGGCUACUUAGUCUAUACUUCCAACGCCACCGAGGGAGAUAAUGGAGCAGGAAUUGCUACUAUUGUCAAACCGUCACCUUUUAUUAAGGUACUCCAAUUCAUCGAGCAUAUUCAAGGCAGACUAUCAGAAGUCAUUUUGGAACAUAAAUGCCUAGGUGUGGUCCGUAUUUUCAAUUGGUAUGGCCCGGCUAACAAAAACAAAUUAGAAUUCAUGAAUAAGGCUCUCAAUAUUAUCAACAUUGCUGCUCAAACAGCGGUCUUGCAUGGUGAACGUAUUGUCAUAUUGGGAGACUUGAAUGCCAAUACUAAAACAUUCAAUAAGGUAUCCUAUGCUGCCCAUGAGCGACUAUUAAUUGACCAAUGUGACAAAUUGAAGCUCUUUGAUGUUGUUCCCAUUCCAAACACACCUUCGUUCUCUCAACGCAACAAAUACUCUCAUGGUUUUUCUCGCCCGGACCAUAUUAUUACUUCCCACAAUGAUUAUUCUAAUGUAGAUGAUGUUUCUACUGCUUAUUCUCACAAACUUUUAACUAUCUCCUUUCCCAGUAACCCUAUUUUAGACUUCCCAGAAAAGUUCAACAAAUAUAUUAUUCAUCCUAAAACUCUGCAAUCCAAGAUGAAGGAAAUUAAUAACGAUUUUGCUAUGGACAACCCUAGCACUCUCUUAGAAGCCCAAAAUACCCUUGCUAAAAUUGUGAAGAAAUAUGGCUCUCCUAGCACCGACAAGCCUUCACUGAUUACUGAUAAUCGUAAUGUUAGACAAUUUCAGACGAUCAUUUUUGAUUUGAAACAGUAUCUUUAUAAGCGUAAAUAUGUCUCUACUGUCACCAGCCAGUUCUUGAAUAAUAAUUUUAGCCUCAACAAUAUUAAGGCUAAAUUAGAGGAAGCUAAAGCCUCGCUUAACAAGCUUAUUGGAUCUCUAUUGGCUGACCGUAAACGGGUCUUCGUGAAUAGAAUUAACAAUCUUAGCUCUAAACAACCGUACUCCUAUGCCUUCAGAAAAGAAUUAGUCAGUUCUUCUAUACUCAAUGUAGUCCAAAGUAACCAUAACUCGAUAAUUGUAGAUCAUUUUUCAGCCAUGUUUAACACAGAACAAGAAGUGACUAAAACCCUUCCGGAAAUCAAGAAAAAUAAUACUGUAGCCCAAUGGAAAUUCCAACAUAUCACUGCCAAAGAGUUGGGUAAAGUUAUUUCUAAAACAAAAAAUUCCAUGGCUGGCUAUGAUAAUAUCUCGGUGCCGUUGUUGAAAAUUCUAGACAACAAUUCGCUCCAAGUACUUGCAAAAUGUAUCAAUCACACAAUUGACAGUGAAAUGGUUCCUAAAGAAUUGGGUAUUGGUAUUCUACUCCCAUUACCCAAAGUCAAUAUGCCUACAAAAUUAUCAGACUUUAGACCUAUAGUAGUAUUAUCUGUGAUCUAUCGCCUAUUUUCUUCUAUUAUCAACAAACAAUUCAUGAAUAUCCUUGAAGAGGCUAAUUUAAUCCAUACUGCUCAGCGAGGAUUCAUGAAAAAAGGCUCAACAUUAGAGCACCUUAUCAAUCUUCGGACUGCCCUAGCAUACAAAUGUCAGCACAAACAAGAAGUAUUCGCUAUGGCUUUAGAUAUCAAAAAUGCUUAUGGAUCAGUAAUCCAUAAAAGAUUUAUCAGCAUUCUCAAAAAACAUGGUUUCCGUAGCUCUGUCAUUAAUCUCUUGACAUCCAUGAUUUCCAAUAGCGUUAUGAAAGUACUAGUUAACGGAUUCCUAUCCUCCCCUUUCGAUGCGAAUGUUGGAGUCCCACAAGGCGACCCUUCAAGUCCAGCAUGGUUUAAUCUCUAUAUUAACUCCUCAACUAAUAUACAAGAAAAACUAAAAGGAGUCCAAAUAUUUGAUGUUACUAUCCUUUUAUUAUUAUAUGCCGAUGAUAUUUUAUUGAUAGCUAAUACUAAGAUUGAAAUGAAUUCCUCUCUUAAAAGCCUCGGCCGAGAGUUAAAGAAAAUAGGACUCGCUUUAGCUCCCAAGAAAUGCAAGCUCUUAGCUAUUACAGCUAAAUCUAAACUAUCUAAAGCCCUAGAUAAUCUUUCUUGGUCCUCUGAUAACCCAGUCAACAAAAUCUCGAAUCGACUUGCAUCAGCUAAAACUUCUAAUCUAUAUCUCAACAGUAUCACCACUACAAUUAUGUCUAAAAUUAUAUCAUUGCCUAGAUAUGCCUGUAGCUUCAAUGGAAUCAGUAAGAAUUCUCUAGACAAAGCAGAUAUUAUGGUUGCUAAUUUUAUCAGAAAGGCUAUUGGAUUAGAUUACACAUUAUCAAAAUCAGUCGUUUUUAAUUGCAAACAAAUUGGGGGUCUUGGUAUUACUCGCCCCUCUAUUUUAUUCUCUAUUGAACCUAUUUGCACAGCAGUUAGAUUAUUCAAUUCCUCAUCCUCCAUCACCAAAAAUAUAGCUUUGGCUGCUUGGAAAGAUACUACUUUUAACGAACCAUUUUGGAACCACGUGAAAAAUAUUGCUGCUCAAAAUAAUUGGUCUCUCCAAUACAUUGAUGAACGAUAUUCAUUUGUCAAUGAAUACGAAACCCCUGUCGACCCUAGAACUGAAUUGCUAAACAGUGAUAGAUCAACCAUGAGCAUUUCUGGCCUUGGAACCUUAGACCAUAAUAGAAUCUGGCAUCCAUGUACCAUCUCCUUUUGGAACAAUUAUUCACUCAAACCAUUCCAGCAACGACUGUUAUUUGCUCACCUGCACAAAGCAGAAAUCCUUAGAAAUUUCGGAAAAGAUUACCCUAAUUGCCACAUUUGCAACACCAAAGCCAACUGGGAACAUGUAUUCACCUCAUGCGCCAUGUGUAGCCCAGAAAUCAAAUCAUUAUACACAAAAUGGGACAAUAGUUCCCUCAAAUUCAACGCCCCGCUUGUCAGACUUCCCUCUAACCAUUCUCUCUCUUGUAUUCCAAUGGAGUGGAAUGGUAGUAUCAAAGACGAAUCUCUCCAACAACUAGACCUAUCUCCCCCAGCCUUGACUGAUUGGCUAAAUGAAAUAUAUCUCUCAUUCGCUGCUUAUGUUGGCAGUUGUUACAAAAACGCCACUUGGAACAGUUCUACUGUACUCAAGAAGGCUAGAGGAUAUAUAAUUAAACCCAAAACUGCAAAAUUUGCAACUGCUUGGGAAACAUGUAGCAAUCAGCUUGGCGAACUCAACUCCGACAACAUUUAA